AAUAAGAACUUUUUUUUUUAUAACUUUAUUCACAAAAUCAAACUUUCUUUGAAUCACUAAUCACUAUGGAAUAAAAGAAAGAGAGGAUCUUGCAGACAAAAACAGAAAGUUGAUGUUCUUUAUCAUGGGCUUCUUUGAACGCCUAGGCCCUUAUCUCGGCCCAAUACUGUCCCAUGGUCCAUGGGCAAUUGUACCAGCCGUAGAUUAUAUUUAAAAAUUUAAAAAAAAAUUGAAAAAAUGUGAGUAAGAGGCACAGAUUGACACAUAUUGUAGUGACCUAAUAAAAUUCAAAACAAAAAUUUAUUAUUAUAGACGAUACUAACAAAAAUAAGUAAGAAAAAUUGUACCAUAUGGAAUAGUACCAUACUUUUGUACAUUUUGUUUAGCAUAGAAAAAUUGAUGAUGCAUGAAUAUCUUUUUGUUCUUAAUUGUGAUUGUUACUUGUAGUCUUAAAUUUCAUUUGGAAGUGAUUUUGGAAGGAUUAUAAUCACCUAUGGAAAGAAGCACCUCCUAGGUACUUCUUCAUAUAAUCACUUUUAAGUGUGAUAUCCGUAAUCUCGUUUGGGAUGUGGAAUUGUGGAUAGCGCGCAUUUGUAAUUAAAAAAUAAAAAAUAUGAAAACCUAACCCCCUCUCUUCGUACCUAGCUGGAAAACCCUUCCCAGUCGCCGUCACCACAACAACCCCGCACGCCCGUUUCUCUUCCUCUCUCGCCGACCUAAGCUCACAACAGGCGCCGUCGCAGCUCCAUGACCGUCUCUCGGGUUCUCAGCCCGAACUUGGAACCUCAGCAAACAUUAACAGCCUUCCGGGCUCUACGUCGUCGUGGAAAAGGCUCGACUUGAAAGCCAUCUCUGCAAUUCCUCUGUUCGUGUACAAAACAGAGGAGAAGGAGGGAAGUUACGAAAAUGGGUUAUUGGAGAUGGAGUGUGUGAGAUUUGUUUGAGCCCAUUUGAAGACAACAUCGUGGGUAGGAAUUUGCCCAAAUGUGGUAACUGUUUUCAUGUGGAGUGCACUGUGCAUGGAUGGGUUCACACAUGAACUGCCCAAUUUGCGGCGCUCCGAUAGUGACCAGUGCUGAUGGUAUUGGGAUGGGGAUGAAUACGACGUCGGAUCGGGUGGUGGGUGAAGAAGGAUUUACGUUGAAAAUGAUGAUCUUGUUCAUGUUGGGGUGAUGAGAACUGAUUCUGAACCCGCAUCUUCUUCGUCUUCAUCGCUAUAAAUGGUGGGUUGUUCAUUGAAGAGAAUGCUGAGCAGAAAGAGCCCAGAAAAUAGCAAAGUUUUCCCACCACAAAUGCGUACGAAGAGAGGGGGGUUGGGUUUUCAUAUUUUUAAAUUUUUUAUUCCACCAUGUGGAGAGGUUAUAGAAUAUGUGGGCUCCACAAUCUUACAUCACCAAUUACGUUUUGGCCAGCUCGCGAGAUACCCCUGCCAUGUCAUAAAUUCUAGAGUCAUUUUUUUUUAAUCGAAAGUUCUAGGAAUCUGGGAUGUAAAAACAGUCUAAUUAAGGCUUUGACCAAGUUGGAGUUAGAGUUGGAAAUAGCCACGAAAAGACAUUUUGAUUAAAAUAUUAUGGGGCGGUUUGCUUGGUGAAUACCACCAACGCUGAGGUGGUAUUCAAAAUAUUCUGAGGUGGUUUGCGCGGUGCGUCCCACCAACGCUCAAAGCUACGGCACGUAGAAAUAACACAAAACCCCAGAGCCUUGCCAACUUCAUAUCCUUGAGCAGAUCUCUCAAAUCCAAAGCUACGCUGAAACUUGAAGAAAUCAACGAAACAUUACAGUUCUACUGGGCGAGUGCAAGUACAACUGCUAUAUUCAUUUCUCUUUAUGACAGAUUAGAUAAAGAUCGAGAAGAACAUGAACUCACCGGCGGUCUUGCCUUCUCACCAACAAAACGACUUGGAGGCCGGAACUUAUAAGGAUGCUCCCAUUCAGCGCAUCAACCGUUGGAGGCAAGCAAGGAUUCUGUUAUGUGCUUCUCGUCCAUUUUUGCAUAUCUUAUGCUUGUUGAAAAGGGAAGGAGAGCAUGCUUCAAGCGAAGUCCAUGCACAUGCUGCUGUACGAUGAAUAUUCCAGAUAUACGAACCAGUACUACUGGUGAUUUUGGAAUUGGACGAGAGGAACUUGUUGCCUUAACUAAGAAUGAUGAUGUUGGUGGCCUGGAACAAUAUGGGGGGAUUCAAGGCUUAGAAUGCUUGUUGAAAACGAAUUUAGAGGACGGGAUUAAUGGGGAAGAUGCUGAUGUGGUGAAACGGAAAAGUUUUUUCGGAGCAAACACAUAUCCUGCGGAAAAAUCAAAAAGCUUCUUGACGUGUCUUUGGGAAGCAUGUCAUCAAGAUAUUUCUCUGAUCAUUUUCAUAGUAGUUGCAGUGGCUUCUUCAGUGAUGGGUCUAGUGACAAAGGGUACAAGGUUCGGAUACUGGGAAGAGGGAGGUAACGUAGCCGUUGUGGUUAUGGUGAACAUUAUUGUGAAAGCAAUUUGCAAAUACAGCCAAUCUCUGAUCCACAAUGUAAAGGAGGAAGGGAGGAAUAUGAAGGUUGUUGUUAGAGGUGGUAAACAAGUUGAGGUUUCAAUAUGUGAUAUUGUUGUUGGCGAUGUUAUUCCCCUUAACAUUGGUGACCAGGUCCCUGCUUAUGGUAUUUUAAUCACUGCUCAAUCACUCUCCAUAGAUACCUCACGUGUGAAUGGAGACAACAACAUUGUAAGCUUUCAUGCUUCUUCUGGAGCCUCUCGUUUAAAGCCUGGCUCGGAAAUAGCGGAUGGGAGUGGCACCAUGCUGGUUACGAGUGUUGGGAUAUGUACUAAAUCGGAACUUUCACAAGACAUUGGUAACAAAACAACAUUGGAGGAGGUCUUGAACGAGGUUGCUACUUCCAUUGGUAAUGUUGGACUUGCAGCAGCUUUUAUUGUCAUGAUGGUCCUUUUGCUCAGGUGGUUCAUGUAUUUGGUUUUGAUAUUCGGGGUCAAGACUAAACCUCGAGACGUCAUAGAAGAAGUCAAUCAAAUUAUAAUCAUUGCUUUUAAUAUUGCAGUGGCUGCUGUACCUCAAGGACUUCCCUUAGCUGUUACCUUAACCAUUUUCAGCGCAACAAAAAGAAUGGUGGCAGAUAACGCAUUUGUACGGAGGCCAUUUGCUUGUGUAACCAUGGCCGUUGUUAAAAAUAUCCUAUGUGACAAGACUGUAUUGACUUUGAACGAGGAUCGUUGUCAACCAGGGGUCAAGGAGUGGGUGCAACUAUGCCAAAGGGAUGGCGUUAAGGUACGCAUGGUUACUCGUGACAAUCUUCAAACUGCGAAAGCAAUUGGUUUGGAAUGCGGCAUACUUGAUUCUGAUGCAGACGCUACUAUGCCAAAUCAUCUCUUUGACGGAAGAGAGUUUGGGGAACUGACUGAUGAUAGGCAAAGACAAGAAUGUGCUAAGAGGAUUAAGGUCAUGGCAUGGUGUUCCCCCGAUGUCAAGCUUUUGUUUGUGCAAGCACUGAAGCAAAGCGGAGAGAUGGUUGCUGUCACUGGAUAUGUCACCGAAGAUGCUCAUGCACUACAACAGGCGGACAUUGGUCUUGCUAUGGAUAUCCGAGGGACUGAAGUUGCUAAAGAGAGUUCGGAUAUAAUUAUCUUGGAUGACAGUUUUGCUACGUGUGUAAAGGCUUUUAAAUGGGGCCGAUCAGUACAUGCAAAUAUUAUCAAGUUUAUGCAGUUGCAGCUUACAGUCAAUGUUGUAGCACUAACUACCAAUUUUAUGGCGGCAGUUUUCUAUGGACAUGUCCCAUUAAAUGCUGUUCAGGUUCUCUGGGUGAACCUAAUCAUAGUAGCUCUUGUACCACUAUCAUUGGUUACUAAACCUCCAGCAGAUGAACUGAUGCUGGGACAUCUUGUCAAACCCGGACAACCUCUUAAAAGAUAUGUAAAGUGGAAGAGACUGGUUUUUCAGGGCAUGUACCAAAUUGUUGCCAUUCUUAUCAUCAAUUUUCAAGGACGGAGUUUACUGAAAAGUUAUAACCGCGGUCAUGCCAUCAAAGUAAAGAACACAAUGAUAUUUAACACAUUUGUUGUUUGUCAAAUUAUCCAUCAAGUGGAAGCUCGAAAGAAGGGUAUAUUAUCGAAGCCUAAGAAGUGGAUUACUUCAAACUAUCUCUUUAUGGGAAUAGCGGGAACAAUUCUCGUAAGUCAGUUUAUCGUCAUUGAGUUUCUAGGGAAAGCGUUCUCCACAGUGGCGCUUAACCAGAAAGAGUGGCAGUUUUCCCUCACUCUUGGGUUUGCCGAAAUGCUUUUUGCGAUAAUUUUAUUCGUAAAGUACUUGACACACAGGAACUAGCAAAGCAGUUCAACUCAGACAGCAUUUGAUGAACUAGCAAAGCAGUUCAACUCAUACAGCAUUCCAACACAAGCAACCGCAAAAGGAUCAGGAAGGUCAAACGGGCGAGAGAUACCGUAUACUCAACACACAUACGCUUUUCUAAUUUAGAAUGCUUUAAUUGUUCUGUUUGUUUCCUAACUAGAGAACCUGGUUUACGGUCAAUUAGGUUGAUUAGUUUAAUUCAUUCGUUUCUUCUCGGACACAAAAGAGGUUCAUUUUGUUACUUGAUUUAAAGUCAGCGUAUGCAAACGCUAUCAUUUGCUCAA